UGUGGAAUAAAACAUCGAUCAAGAACGAUAAGCAUCUGCCAGCACUAAACCUAACCUCACUUCCUACUUAGUGUUUACAAUUUCUCUAAAAAUGAAUUCUUUAAAUAAAAUAUUAAAUACAGGCAAAUCGUUAAAUACUUACUCAAAAAUAACAGCGCGACGAUGUCUGUCCAACAUCUCAGAGGAAUACAUGAGACAAGGUGAAAUAUUCGCCUACGAACAAAAAAGGCAGCAUGAAGCAGUCGGUAGGAUUGAAAAGAUCGAUGUACAGUAUGAGGGGCAACCGGAAAGCUGCCGUUUUAUUAUGAAUAAGAACAUCUCCACUCCAUAUGACUGUGCUAACCAUUUGGGAGAGAAGAUUCAAAAUCGAUCCACAGUGGCAUUGAUAAACCAGAAAACCCUAUGGCACAUGCACAAACCUUUGCCGGAUUCAUGUGUUUUAGAGUUGUUGCAUUAUCAUAUUCCAAACCCCAGUUCCGUCAAUAAAGUUUUCUGGAGGACAUGCAGCUUUUUAUUAGGAGCAGUGGCAUCAGACGCCUUUAAAUCCAAUGUAGAGUUACAUUUGCACAGCUUUCCAAGUCCCAACGUUAAAUCUGGUAGUUUUGUAUAUGACAUUCAACUGGGGCUAGAUAACUGGGAGCCUACAAAAUCAGAGCUGAAAGUCCUUUCAUUAGAAUUUAUAAAAUUCUGCCAAAAAGGGCAAAAAAUUGAAUGUCUUGACGUAACUAAAAAUAUUGCCUUAGAAAUCUUCAAAAAUAACCCACAUAAAAGUCAGCAAAUCCCAGAUAUAGCAGCCCAUAAUGGUGACAAAGUGACAUUGUUCAAAGUGGGACCUCAUAUAGAUAUCAGUAGAGGGCCAAUGUUGCCUAAUACAAACCAAUUAGGCAGAGCCACUGUUACUAAUGUUAUUAAAUUGGACACGGAUGUUCAGGGGGCCCCUUUGUAUAGGUUUCAAGGAGUGGCACUGCCCAACUGUAUUCACUUAAAUCACUUUGCUUAUGGUCUUAUUGAAGAUAGAGGAAGGAUUUUGAAUUCAGGAAGGCUUCCUGGUGAUCAUGGAACCCUUAAUGAAGAAAAUAGUUUUAUGGCUCAUAUAAAUCAAUAAAGUUUAUUUUAGUUUCUUCAG